UUUUUUCUUGGUCAGCAAAUUGAGUUGUUGGCAACGAGACAACCUUCAAAACUAAACUGAGUUGCAAUAGUUGUGACUUUUUUAAAUCACGAGAAAGUGAGUGCAGCGCCUCUAGUGUCAUUUUUUACCCGGAAAAUACAGAGUGAAGCGAACCUCUUUUGGUUUUGGUACUGUUAUUCUCAGAAAACUCUUAAAGAACUUGCAAAUUGUAAGAUCCCGUCCAAAAAUCUCAUUUGAAGUGCAAGAGUUACCACUUGAGGCAAUACAAAAGACGCUGAAAGAUGCCUUCAGCAGCUUCUCAAGUUCAGCAGAAUGGCCAAGAAGUUGAAAGACACGGUCGGCGAUUCUUACUGAUGGAGCGCGCUGAUGGUAAUCCUUCGGGAAUGGCUUCAGUGCUGCCUUACAAUAUCAAAGAUACCCUGAAUAACUUUGGGCAGUUAAAGAUUAGUCUUCUCCGGAAUCACACUGUUUUGAUUGAGACUCAAGACUCUAAUCAAGCCAAAAGCGUGCUUGGUGUCACUAAAGUCGGAAAUGUGGCUGUGAAAGUAUCUGAACAUCCAAAGCUCAAUAGAUCUCAAGGGGUGAUCAAGUGCUGGAACUUCUGCAAUUGUGACCCAGCAGAGCUUCUAGAGCACCUUAAGGAGUACAAUGUGGUGGGAUUGAGGCAAAUCAAAAGACACAUGACACCUGCUGAAGAAGCAAAGUGUAUUGAGCAAAAAAAGAAACCCAGAAGGAAGAAUACUGGAAUCUUUCUGGUCACUUUCGAUACUCCAGAUCUCCCUUCCAAACUCAAUGUGGGUCUUGGGGAAGUUGAAGUUCAGCGCUAUAUUCCUAAGCCACUUAGGUGCUUCAGGUGCCAGCGUUUGGGCCACGCUGUGAUAACGUGCAAGGAAAAGGCUGAACAGAAUUUACCUCAGAAAAAGAACAAGAAACCGCCAAAAUGUAUCAAUUGCUCUGGGAAUCACAUGAGUUGGGAUAAGACGUGCCCGGUUUAUUUGAGUGAAGCAGCAAUUCUAAAGAUAAAGGCAGAAAAGAACGUUCCAUAUUGCAUUGCCAAGACUCUCUUUGAAGAAAGCAGCAAGACUCCGGGUAAGACUGCCACUCAGGAUCAGGUAGCUCCCAUAGACUGCAAGUGCAAUGGGGAUCCUGAAAUUCCUGCCGUGGCCCCAAAAACUAAAAAGAAGAAGAAUAAGAAGAGCGCCUAGGCGAUUUUCCCAAUCAUGAUUCUCAUAAAUUCCUUUGAAACUGAAGUGCCAUUCCUGCCAUUUUCUACUAUUUACAGUGAAUUUAUUAUAUAUUUGAUUAAUUGAAUUAUUUCCUAUAAAUUGAUGAAAUAAAAUUCUUUUCCAUAU